CUCACUGUAUCUACUACCAUGAGCCAUUUGUUUAUUAUUCUAGGGUUUGGGUGAAGUGCGUAAUUUUAAAUCCCAAAACUCUUCAAAUCCCCCCUCUGUUUUCAAGCCUGUUAUUUCCUCGAAGCUAACAUUCUCAAUCUCCCACUUCUCUCUCUAAAGGCCCCCAUUUUUUCCCACCUCCGAAGCUCCUCUGCUUCUACAGUCCUGUGGGCCGUGUGUUAAUUCGAACCCACUUCCCCAUCUCAUAAUCUUCCCUCUCCAAGACUUCCUUCCUGCUUAUACGGAGAAUGAGCAGCUGGAAGAGUCUUCUUCUUCGAAUUGGCGACAAGUCCCCGGAAUAUGGCACCUCCUCCGACUUCAAAGAUCAUAUUGAGACGUGCUUUGCUGCGAUUCGGCGGGAGCUGGAUCACUAUGGAGAUGAAAUUUUGCCCUUCCUUCUGCAAUGUGUUGAACAAUUGCCUCAUAAGAUUCCUUUGUACGGGACACUGAUUGGAUUGAUGAAUUUGGAAAAUGAAGACUUUGUGAAGAAAAUUGUGGAGCAAACUCAUACAAAUUUUCAGGAUGCCUUAAACUCUGGAAAUUGCCACAGGAUCCGGAUUUUGUUACGCUUUCUUACUGCAAUGAUGAGCAGUAAAGUCCUGCUAUCCACUUCUCUAGUUGUUGUUUUUGAAACAUUAUUAUCUUCAGCUGCCACGACAGUGGAUGAAGAGAAGGGAAACCCCGCAUGGCAGGCACGCGCGGACUUUUACAUUACUUGCAUUCUAUCUUGUUUUCCUUGGGGAGGAGCUGAACUGAUUGAGCAAGUUCCUGAAGAGCUCGAGAGAGUUAUGGUUGGAGUAGAAGCUUACUUAAGUAUCCGAAGGCACACCUUCGACACUGGUUUAUCCUUUUUUGAGGAUGAUGGUGAAGUUGAGAAAACUCUUAAUGAGAAGGAUUUUUUAGAAGAUUUAUGGGGUCGUAUACAAGUGCUAUCUAGUGAUGGAUGGAAAGUGGAUAGUGUUCCAAGGCCUCACCUUCUCUUUGAAGCUCAGCUAGUUGCUGGAAAGUCUCAUGAAUUUGGAACCAUCAGCUGUCCAGAGCAACCUGAUCCACCUUUAACACUUUCUGGGAUUACUUAUGGCAAACAGAAGUUUACUGCAGAGUUAACUUAUCCUCAAAGGAUACGACGACUCAAUAUAUUUCCGUCAAGCAAAUUUGAGGAUCUGCAACCUAUUGAUCGAUUUGUCAUGGAGGAGUAUCUUUUAGAUGUGCUUCUGUUCUUCAAUGGCUGUUACUCAUGCUACCACAACCUCCAUUCAAGCCAAUUUAUUAUACACUGGUUAUUAUGGACCUUUGCAAGGCUCUUCCCGGGGCCUUUCCUGCAGUUGUAGCUGGUGCAGUUCGUGCCCUGUUUGAGAAAAUAGCUGAUUUAGACAUGGAGUGCCGGAUACGGCUAAUACUUUGGUUUUCACACCAUCUAUCAAACUUUCAAUUUAUAUGGCCUUGGGACGAAUGGGCUUACGUACUAGAACUCCCAAAAUGGGCCCCACAGCGAGUUUUUGUUCAGGAGGUUCUGAAUAGAGAAGUCCGUCUAUCAUACUGGGAUAAAAUAAAGCAGAGCAUUGAGAAUGCGCCUGGUUUAGAAGAGUUGCUACCUCCUAAGGGUGGACCAAAUUUCAAAUUUUCUACGGAUGAUGACGGAGAAAAAAGUGAACAACAUGUAGUGUCUGCUGAAUUAUCCAAUUUGGUGAAAGGACGAGCUKCAGCCCGUGAAGUAAUUUCAUGGUUGGACGAAAGUGUAAUUCCUAAGCAUAGUUUAGAUGUUUCUCUCGUGGUGGUUGUGCAAACUCUUCUAGAUAUUGGGUCAAAGAGUUUCACUCAUUUGAUAACAGUCUUGGAGAGAUAUGGACAAGUUAUUUUAAGAAUGUGCAAUGAUCAGGACAAGCAGGUCUUGCUUAUAUCUGAAGUGGGUUCUUACUGGAAGAAUAACACUCAAAUGACGGCAAUAGCAAUUGAUAGAAUGAUGGGCUACAGGCUAAUAUCCAAUUUGGCCAUCGUUAGAUGGAUCUUUUCUCCAGAGAACAUUCAGCAAUUUCAUACAUCAGAUCGUCCAUGGGAGAUCUUAAGAAAUGCACUGUGCAAGACAUAUAAUCGUAUUUCGGAUCUUAGAAAAGAAAUAUCCUCCCUCAAGAAAGAUAUUGUGGCUGCUGAAGAAGCUGUUGCCAAGACACAGGAAGAAUUGAAUGCUGCUGAAUCAAAGCUUGCACUUGUGGAUGGCGAACCUGUUUUGGGAGAGAAUCCCGUGAGACUGAAGCGAUUGAAAUCGUAUGCUGAAAAAGCAAAAGAGCAUGAAGUGUCAACACGCGACAAUUUAGAAGCCAAAGAAGCUCUUCUUUCGCGAGCUCUUGAGGAGAAUGAGACAUUAUUUCUAUCAUUGUACAGAAACUUCUCCAAUACAUUGACCGAACGCCUUCCAGCUGCGUCCAGUGCUCAAACUCUGCAGGAUUUGAAGUCUGUUAAUGCUGCUGAUGCAAAUGCCAUGGAUCUUGAAGAACCAUCAGCCAUGGAGAUGGACAAUGAAGAUGCAAGACCUGAAAAAAGUCAAUUGAAUGGUAAGACAGAGCAUACCUACACUAUUGGUGAAAAUGAACAAUGGUGCCUAACAACCUUGGGAUAUGUCAAGGCCUUCUCAAGGCAAUACGCUUCUGAGAUAUGGCCACAUAUUGAGAAGUUGGAUGCAGAAGUCUUAUUAUCAGAGGAAGCACACCCACUUUUCAGGAAAGCGGUCUAUAGCGGCCUUCGGCGAUCUAUAGAUGCGAUCUAACAAUCAUAUUUGUUAUAGUACUUAUCUAAACAUUUUCUAUUCUUCCCCUCGAUCCACCUUUCUUUUUCUUUUUGUAGAUUAGGUGAAUAGAUCUCUCAGUAGUGUCAUGUAACAUUUGGCUAAACAGAAAAUGCAUAUCAGACUGGCCAAUCGUUGUAGAUACCGUUUUAUCUAUACCUGUUGUUGAGUUAUGUUCAAGAAUUCCUGUAUCAUAAUAUCUAUUUUAAUCGCACGGGUGUUAUGGUCGUUUCUUUCAUACCA